AAAAAACAGGUGUCUGAGGCCAAAAACAAAUCGCAACUGGAAAGGUGUCAAAGAAUUUGGGCAUUUAAUCGUAGACAGGGCGCUGUGAGGAUGUGAAUAUACAAAAAUCGAGGACCGUAUUCUGUUUGUAGUUUUUGACUCAGAAAAGCAUGCAGGUUACGAUUCUACAUGUUGCCAGGAGGAAAUGGAGUUCGUGCGGUGGUGGAAAUUCAAACGAAAUCUUGAUUAAAAGGAGGAAUGGUUGCCUCGUUGGACUGCCAGGAAGCGGUGGAAUUAGCAUUGUUGACAACGACGGAGGUGGUGGAGUGAAUAUUGUAGACGGAAACGGAGGCGGCGGAGUCAACAUUGUAGACGGAAACGGAGGCGGUGGAGUAAGCGUUGUAGACAACGACGGAGGCGGCGGAGUAAGCGUUGUAGAUGGCGACGGAGGCGGUGGAGUAAGCGUUGUAGAUGGCGACGGAGGCGGCGGAGUUAGUGUUGUAGAUAGCGAAGGUGGAGUUUCUGUUGUAGGUUAGAACACAAUGAAGUAAUUUGUUGAAUG